UAUUUAAAGUGGAGGUUGAUAGAUUCUUGAUUAGUCAGGUGCAAAAGAUUAUUGGGAGAAGACAGAAGAAUGGGGCUGAAAAGGAUAAUAAAUUAGCUAUUAUGGAAAAGCGGAACAGACUCGAUGGGCCGAAUGGCCUACUUCUCCUCCUAAGUCUUAUGGGCUUAUGGAAUUGCUGCAUUGAACCAGAUUCAGAAGAGAAUUAGGUUUAACGUCACUGACUAAAAUUACUAUACAUUAUAAAAUAAGAGAACAUUUAAUCUCCUGCCGAUUCGCGUAAAAACAAACACAGGAGAAGGAACUCCACGUCUGCAGAACUGCAGCGAAGGGCCAUACUUCCGGUACCAGGAGCGGACCAUGAGUGAGCAAAACAACUGUCACCACUGCAAGAAGUCCCUGCAGGGACAGAAGUUCAUUGAGAAGGACAAGCUCCUCUGCUGUGUCAGCUGUUAUGAGAAAUUCAUCGCCAACACCUGUGCCGAAUGCAGGAAGCCUAUUGGCUGCGGCUCCAAGGAACUUCAUCAUGAGAACAAAUACUGGCACGAAGACUGCUUCCGCUGUUACCACUGCAGCCGUUCCCUAGUCAACGAUUCGUUCAGCAUCAAGAACGGGAGGAUCACCUGCGCCAAGUGUCUGCCCCGGACCGACGCGUCCACCUGCCAGAGCUGCAAGCGGGCCAUCAAACCAGGGACGAAGAGCUUUGAGUACGGCGGCUCCCAUUGGCACGAACGCUGCUUCACUUGUCAGCGGUGCCUGAAGGAGAUCGGUACCGGCAGCUUCGUGCCGAGGGGCGACCAGAUUUUCUGCGUCUCCUGCAACGAGAAGAAGUUCUCCAAACACUGCACCCACUGCAGGAAGCCCAUCACCAGUGGAGGGGUGAGCUACCGUGACGAGCCAUGGCACACCGAGUGCUUCGUCUGCAAGACGUGUCGGAAACAGCUGAGUGGAACCCAGUUCACUGCCCACGAGAACUUCCUGUACUGCGUCGACUGUUACAGCCAAUUCAUCGCCAAGAAAUGUGGCACCUGCCACAAACCGGUCACUGGGUUUGGCGGAGCUGAGAUCAUAACCUCUGAAGGUCACCAGUGGCACAAGGAGUGCUUCAAGUGUAAGAGGUGUUACAGCAGCCUGGUCAACCAGCGGUUUGUCACUCAUAACAGGGAGGUCUACUGUACUGAGUGCGGCAAAAACCUGUAAGGGUGGAGAUGGCAUGCAGAAACAUCAACGAAUGCCGUCUAUAUUAGUCCAGUUAUAAGCAAAAGUUAGCUAACCAGAUGCAUCAAUGGUGACAAAAUAGCAUCUACCGGGAAUGAUUUCCAAUAUUAGAUGCACUUUGUGUUUUCUGUAGUGCUAAGUAUUAUCCACAGGUAGAAACAGCAAUCAGAAAUUUGACAGAAUGUCAUGGAAAGUUCUAAAUGCUUGCAAUAUUUAAUCAUACAUCUUUCUAGAUGACCUAAUGACAUUAAAUGCUGGAAUUAUAAACAGUGAAAUACCAUUUACUCAACAUGUUACUGUAGUGUUUAACUGCACACAUUAUCUUAAGUUUCUCCAACGUCUUGGCUUGAGUGAAGUGUGGUGCAUCAAGAUGCAAACUGAAUUGGUAUAAUGUAUGUUAGCAGAAAAUAUUCGGCUUGUGUGAUAGCUGCGCUGUAAUAUCACCACACACCAAUUAUAGCACAGAAAUUUGAGAUUUGAAUACUUAAACACACCAAUAUUCAGCUUUUGCCUUUAUUCACUUAUUCAGUCACUUGGUAAUUUUUAAACUAACUACUGACAUUACAGUUGAGUGCCUUUGAAAUAACACCUGUCAUGUAAAAGUGCAUGUUAAUUAUAUAUACUGUGUGUGACCUGUUGGCAUGCAAGAUCACAGUCCAAUGUACUAGAUUACUUGGAGCAUAAAAUAUUACCUUUUAAUAAAGUCUCAGAUCUGUA